AUGUUUCAUAAUUUCACUAAACACUUACAAAAACGAAAUGCAAUUUCUCGUUUGAUUUGUAAUUUACCAAGAAAAGAUCGAUUUCAUUUUCAAGUAUCAAAUUCUAUAUCUAUACGAUCAUCUUUUAUCCAUUCAACUAAAUAUUCAUUCAAAGAUGAAUUUCAUUCUCAUCCUAAUUCUUUUCAAGUUCAUUCGGAUCCUUCCCACUCUUCCACUCAAUCAACUUCCUCCGAUAUUUCUUCGACAUCUCAACACAAUUCCAAAGCUCGUCUUUUAAUAGCAUUCACAUGCAAAGUAUGUUCCUAUCGUUCUACCAAAACAAUGUCAAGGCAUGCUUAUGACCAUGGUGUUGUCAUCAUACAAUGUUCUUCGUGUCAAAAUCGUCAUUUAAUAGCGGAUCAUUUAGGUUGGUUUAGGGAUGGUAAAACUACAAUUGAAGAUUUAAUGCGUGAACAAGGUGAAAAAGUAUUAAAAUUUGUUGAUAAAACUAGAUUAGAUGUAUUAGAAUGGUGCCCUGACAUUAUAAACGAAGAAAAAAGGAAAUUAAAAGAAUUAAAGAAAUCUAAAAAUAGAAAAGAACUUAGUUUAGGGUUAAAUGAAAAGGAUAAAGUUGAUAAACCUGAUCAGUAG